AUGUCAGCUCUCAGAAUGAAUGUCUCACGUACCAUGCAAUGUAUCGAACUUAUAGAGGAAGUCAAUCUACGCUUCAACCCUAGCCUGACUUGGGACAACGACCUUGGGACGAGAGCCUGUGAAGUAGCAAAGGGCUUGGAGGAGUUUGGAGAAGGCUUCAGACUUGAGGCGCAAAUGCCUGCUACGAGUGCUAAGCUUGAGGCACAGGCAAGGAGAGUUCUGUUCCGUCUGCGGGAUAGCAACCAAAGUGUACGUAACAUGAAGUCACCUCGACCGAAGUAUGGAUGCAACGGCUACUUUGAUGGUAAAACUAUGAAGGUCGUUUGCCUCUACCUGGAGGACGGCUACUGA